AUGAGCUCCGAAAAACUGCUAGGCGAUGGCGAAACAUUCUACAAGAAAAUUCGUUUUCGGUACUUCAUUAAACGCGUUAUCGUGCCAUUAAUUUGUGUUUACUUUUUAGUUUCGAUGAUUUCUUUUGAUGAAUUAGUGAAGAAUAUGUUUCCAAAAAAAUCCAGCAUGGAAUCAAAUCGCCCAACUAGCAACAUGUCCAUCUUUUUCAUCGAAUCCAAGAGACCCAAAGACCACGUUCUCAGUCUCAAUGCGCGUCAGGCUUGUGCCCUUGAGAGUGCUGCCUUGCACAAUCCAGACUUUACCGUGAUAAUGUACGCUUUGAAUGUCACCGACCUGCAAGAAAUGCAUCCUUACAUGAGGGCUUUGCGACAAUAUCCAAACAUCAAAAUCAUUCCAACAACGAUGCAAGAACUCGUAAAAGGUUCCAUUGCGGAAUUGUGGAUAGCUCAAGGAAAAAUUGAGGCAUCACCAAUGCGACGUACGCAUCUUUCCGAUUUCCUGCGAUUCUUUUUGCUCUAUCAAUAUGGCGGGAUUUACUUGGAUACGGAUUUCAUUGUGUUCAAAAGUUUGCGAGACUUGACACCGGGAUGGGCAGUUGCUGAAACUGGGCAUUGGAUUGGAUCCGCAGCUCUUGGUAUGGAUGUCAAGGGUGAGAGUCAUAUUGCCGCCGAGUAUCUCAUAAGGGAGUUCAUGGAGACGUACAAUGGAACGAUAUAUGCCUACAAUGGACCCGGUUUAUUGACACGAGUUGCUCAUAAAUUUUGUGGUACACAAAAUACAAAAAGGAUGACACGCGAAAUGUGUGGAAAUUUUGAGAUAUUGGAACAUGAUUCGUUCUUUCCACUUGCGUAUAAAAUGAAGGAACCAAUUUCUGAUCCAAAGAGUAUGCAGGAUGCCAUGAGAGCUAUCAAAAAUUCGUAUGGAAUGCAUUGCUGGAACGGAAUGUAUGGAUCAUUUAAGUUGGAAGAAGGAUCAGCAAUUAAAUUUUUAGUGAAGAAGCAUUGCCCAAAAAUUUAUAAAACAGUUGAUUAUGUUUUUAGAUAA